UCUGUUCCUCUCCUGAAGAAAGUGUACGUAGCGAGACUGCUUCCAGACACUGUGGAGAUGACGAGACAGGCGGCGGAGCAGACCGGUGACCAAACGAGAGGCCGACUUCGACUGGCGGAUCAAAGCUUGAUCGACAGAGGCUACGCGAUUUCCUGCGUGGCGGCCACCACACUGCGAUACAUCCGUAGCAGCAUCCACGGCGACACGAGAGGAGCCAGUGCCAUGUGGAUGCCUCACGCAAGGGAUCACGACAGAGAUGGUAAUAGUGCUAGGAGUCCACCAUCCCUAGUCCAAGAAGCCACCUGCUCCUGUCUACUACCAGCUGUUUGCCUGCACCUACGUCGAGCCUACGAGCUGCACAGCAGAGUGAGUGAUGCACCGAUGGAAAGCUGGAAAGGAGCAAGUGGCUAUCGGGAAUUUCAGUUUCACCGACUGGCCAAGGAAGCUGUUGUGGUUAUAUCGCACUUCUCCAACGAGUGAACCCUACGCUGCAGCGAAGGGCCUCCUAUAUUGCCUCAUUUCCGGCCUGUUCACCAGCGAUCUAUAUUUUUUUUUAAUUUGUAGAGCCAGUGUACGAUACUGUAAUAUCUUAUCGUUUUUUGAACACUCCCAAUAAAAUACUUUUUAA